GUGUUUGUUUGGGCUGCCCUGUAACCAGUGGGAGGAGACGGAUCUCGCCCCCUCCCUCUGUCCCUGCGCCCAGGAGCCUCCGGCUCGGAUGCAGGAGGCUGGUGCCGGGGAGGUUUUUUUUGAGUCGGACUCUUGCUUCAGGUAGCCCCUGAUUCUGGUCCCCAAGUCUCCCACCUCAGGAGAGGAGCAGCCGCCUGGAGAGUUGUACAGACCGUAGCGAAAGGGCCUGUCCCGUGAAGGAGUUAAAUCCUAAGCAAAGAGGGGAGGGGGCAUGAAGGAGCCCAGGGAAGAGAGAACAGAGAAGCAUCCUGCUAACCUGCCCUGUGGUGGAGAGAGAUCAGCAGGCUUCUCUGGACCUUAAGAAUGGCCGAGGAAAAGGCUCACUGGCCCACAGGAGCCGGAUUUUGAAGAGAGAAGAGGCGAGUACUAGGUCAACGGAAGAAUUCUGUCGAGCCAGCUACUGCCUGUCAGGGAGAUGGAUUGGCUACAGUGACAAGAGAACCCCUCUUGAAUUGUGGACACCGGAACUGGACUCGGUACUCCUGCAGCGGUGGCAUCAGCACCAAAUACAGAGCUUCCUAUUCUGCAUACGGUGCCUUUGCUGACGUGCUGCACAUGGUGGACCUGAGAAACCCCCAGGACACAUUCCGGGAUGGCAGCUAGGUGACGACAGCUGAGGAUGACCCUGACUGAAAAGCUGCGCGAGAAGAUAUCGCGGGCGUUCUACAACCACGGGCUGCUGUGUGCUUCAUACCCCAUUCCCAUCAUCCUCUUCACUGGCCUCUGUAUCCUGGCCUGCUGCUACCCGCUGCUUAAGCUCCCCUUACCUGGAACAGGACCUGUGGAGUACAGCACUCCGGUGAAGGAUUACUCGCCACCUUCUUCAGAGCCAGGCCACCAGCAAGGAGAUCCUAGUGAGAGACCUGAUUGGUACCUGGGCCCUCCCGUGGCCUACAUCCAGCAGAUCUUGGUGAAAGCCACGGUCUCGCCAUGGCACAAGAACUUCCUCGCUGUGGACGUGUUCCGCUCGCCGCUCUCCCGCGUCUUCCAGCUAGUGGAGGAGAUCAGAAACCACGCCCUGCGAGACAGUUCUGGGAUCAGAAGUUUGGAGGAAGUCUGCCUUCAGGUGACAGACCUCCUGCCCAGCUUAAAGAAGCUGCGAGACCUGCUACCUGAACAUGGCUGCCUCCUGCUGUCUCCAGGGAACUUCUGGCAGAAUGACCGAGAGCGCUUUAACUCUGACCCUGAUAUCAUCAAAACUAUCCACCAGCACGAACCAAAGACACUGCAGACAUCAGCUACCCUCAAAGAUCUCUUGUUCGGAGUCCCGGGGAAGUACAGCGGCGUGAACCUGUACAACAGGAAGCGGGUGGUGUCCUACACUGUCACUCUAGCUCUCCAGCGAUAUGAUUCCAGGUUCCUCACCAGCCUCCGCUCCCGGCUGAAGCUGCUGCACCCUAGCCCCAACUGCACCCUGCGGGAGGAGCACGUUGUCCACGUCCACUUCAAAGAGGAGAUCGGCAUCGCUGAGCUGAUCCCCCUUGUCACCACCUACAUCAUCCUCUUUGCUUACAUCUACUUCUCCACACGGAAGAUUGACAUGGUGAAGUCGAAAUGGGGAUUGGCCCUGGCCGCGGUUGUGACGGUGCUCAGUUCUUUGCUCAUGUCGGUGGGUCUGUGCACGCUGUUUGGCCUGACGCCUACUCUCAACGGAGGGGAGAUUUUUCCGUACCUGGUGGUGGUGAUUGGCCUGGAGAAUGUGCUGGUUCUUACCAAAUCGGUCGUCUCCACGCCGGUCGACCUGGAAGUGAAACUGAGGAUCGCACAAGGCUUGAGCAAUGAGAGCUGGUCAAUUAUGAAGAACAUGGCCACAGAGCUUGGGAUCAUCCUGAUUGGUUAUUUCACGCUCGUCCCGGCCAUCCAGGAGUUUUGCCUCUUUGCUGUGGUUGGCCUGGUGUCCGACUUCUUCCUACAGAUGUUUUUCUUCACCACGGUGCUGUCCAUUGACAUUCGCCGGAUGGAGCUCGCUGACCUGAACAAACGUCUGCCGUCAGAAGCCUGCAUGCCCCCGGCAAAGCCAGUGAGCCGCUCCCAGAGGUACGAGCGCCAGCCAGCCAUGCGGCCAGCCACCCCGCACACCAUCACCCUGCAGCCGUCAUCUUUCAGGAAUCUGCGCCUGCCCAAGAGGCUGCGGGUCAUCUACUUUUUUGCCAGGACCCGGCUGGCCCAGCGGCUCAUCAUGGUUGGAACGGUGAUUUGGAUUGGAAUCCUGGUGUACACAGAUCCCGCUGGCCUCCGCACCUACCUCACGUCGCAGGUCACAGAGCAGAGCCCGCUGGGAGAAGCGGGACUGCCUCCCAUGCCAGUUCCUGGAGGUGUCCUUCCGGCUGGGGAUGUCAAGCUCGCCCUCUCGGUCUUCCCCUCGGAGCCCGUGCAGCUGUCAGAGAACCAGACGCAGCAGCAGCGCGAGCAGAAGGAAGGGCUAGAGUCCCGGAAUGGGCUGGAGGCAAAUCAGCAGCCGUGGGCCCAGGGACCGGAGAGCCACGGCAGUGGGCAGCCGGAGCCUGGCACAAAGGCAGAGGUCACGUGGGGCGUGGAGGAUGAGGAGAUCUGGAGGAAGCUCUCCUUCCGACACUGGCCAUCCCUCUUCAGCUACUACAACAUCACCCUGGCCAAAAGGUACAUCAGCAUCCUCCCAGCCAUCCCUGUCACCUUGUACCUGAAUCCACGAGAAGCCUUAGAAGUGCGCCACCCUCAGGAGGCUAAUCGCUACCACUCUUUCUUCCCUUCGAGCCUCGGGAAAUUGGAGGCGGUGGAUCGGCCCGGUGAGGCCUUGCCCAAACUGCAGGGGCACCGGGACGUCACGCUCUACAAGGUAGCUGCUCUGGGCCUGGCCUCUGGCAUCCUCCUGGUUCUUCUGCUCUUCUGCCUGUACAGAGUGUUCUGCCCCAAAAACUAUGGGCAGAACGGGCUCUCGCACAGCCGGAGGAAGAGAGGGGACCUGCCCUGCGACGACUACGGCUAUUCCCCACCCGAGACCGAGAUCACCCCCCUGGUUCUCAGGGGUCACCUCAUGGAUAUCGAGUGCCUGGCCAGUGACGGGAUGCUGCUUGUCAGCUGCUGUCUGGUGGGUCAGAUCCGAGUGUGGGAUGCUCAGACUGGAGACUGCCUCACUGUCAUCCCCAAACAAGGGUUGCGCAGAGACAGCAGCGGCGUCUUUGAUUACCAGGAGAGCUGGGAUCAGAGCCCAGAGCUCAAGAACGAGCUGGAGGAUCCCUUCGACAACAGCCACCCGCUCAAGAGGAUGCUGAGCCCCCCGCAGCCCCCUCUGUUCUGCGACCAGCCGGACCUCACCUCUCUCAUCGACACCAACUUCUCGGAGCAGGCCAAGGCGGUGGAGCCGGAGCCCAGGCACCGCGCAGUCUGCGGCCGGCACAAGGACACUGGCUACAACUUCGGCAGACUGGUAGAGAAGGUCUACGAGGAGCAGAACGCUUCGAACUGCAUGAACUUCGCCGGCUUCCCGGCCACGCACGGGCAGGCCAUUUCCUGCACGAGGACGGGCAGCACCAGGGCCCUGAGCUGCGGGACGGGGGAAGGAGGGUGCAGUGCCCGCAGGAAGAGCCUAGGGGACGAGCCUUUGGCCGGAUUUGAAAAGUCCUCCCCCAUUGCUGCGUGGGCCGGUGACUUGGAAAGCUCUGUCUGGAGCCUGGACCUGCGGGGCAACCUCAUUGUGGCUGGCCGGAGCAAUGGGAAGCUGGAGGUGUGGGAUGCCAUCGAGGGGACCUUACGGUGCUGUAACGAGGAGGGUCAGUCCGGAAUCACAGCACUCGUCUUCCUGAACAACAGGAUUGUGGCUGCCAGGCUGAACGGCUCCUUGGAUUUCUUCUCUUUAGAAACCCACUCAGCCUACAACCACCUGCAGUUCCGAGGAACCCCUAGCAGGAGCAGCAUCCCGUCCUCCCCCAUGUGCAGCAGCCAUGACCUCAUCAUGUGCCAGCUGACCCACACGGUGUCCUGCGCCCAUCAGAAGCCAAUCACGGCACUGAAGGCUGCGGCUGGGCGGCUGGUGACAGGCAGCCAGGACCACACUCUGAAAGUAUAUCGGCUGGAAGAUUCGUGCUGCUUGUUUACACUGCAGGGUCACUCAGGAGCAAUCACAGCUGUGUACAUAGACCAGACAAUGGGGCUGGCGAGCGGGGGCCAGGAUGGCGCCAUCUGCCUUUGGGACGUGCUGACAGGAAGCAGGGUCAGUCACAUGUACGCCCACCGCGGGGACGUCACCUCGCUGACCUGCACCACCUCCUGUGUGAUCAGCAGUGGCUUGGAUGACGUGAUCAGCAUCUGGGACCGAAGCUCCGGGAUCAAACUCUAUUCCAUCCAGCAGGACCUGGGGUGCGGGGCCAGCCUGGGGGUGAUCUCCGAUAACCUGCUGGUGACGGGAGGCCAGGGCUGCGUCUCCUUCUGGGACAUCGGCUACGGCGACCUGCUGCAGACUGUCUACUUGGGGAAGAGCAACGAGUCGCAGCCGGCCCGGCAGAUCCUGGUGCUGGAGAAUGCCGCCAUCGUCUGCAACUUCGGCAGCGAGCUCAGCCUGGUCUACGUGCCCUCGGUGCUGGAGAAACUGGACUGAGGGGGCGGAGCUGGGCCCUGCGGGCCGCCGUAUCUGAGUUCUGAUUGGACAGCGCCUGGGGUGGGAGGACAGGGCAGGAGCUCCAGGGGGGUUCCCAGGAGAGAGCCUGCUUCUCCCUCCCUUCCUCCCCCUCCCCAGCUCCUUGGAUCCCAGGCGCUCCCCCUGCAGCUGCCUGGGUGGGGCUGAGCCCUGCUCUGCCUGUGGCCCCCCCACCUCAGGCAUCCCCCCGCCCUGCUCUUGCUCCGCAGGUCAGUUCCUCCCUUGGGGCUGCAGCAGAGCUCAGUGGGGACGGGCCCGUGGGGCAGGAAGCCGGUGCUGUCACCAGCUGGGGGAUGCCCUGGGGAAGCUACCAGCGAGCCGGACUGCACAGCAGGUGGCCAGAAGACCGAGGAACAGUCAGUGGGAUGGGGCUUAACAGAGCCUGGGCCGUGCAAUGCCGUGGGCUUGGGGAGCGUGGGGGCCCAGUGCCUAUGGGGCUGUGACGGUAGACAGGGGAACUCCUGCCCCAGCUGGGGAGGAGGCUGCGGGUGGGGCGGGGCGGGGCCUAGUGGUCUAUUUGUGGGAUGGGGAGCCUGGCCCUGCUGUGUUCAAGGCCGGGCUUGGCUGCUGCCUCCAGCAGGGGCCUGGCGCUCUCCGUGGGAUGUGUCUGCAGCUGUGAAGCAGGCAAACCCUGCCCUGCCUCCUGAAGACACGAACGCCUGGAGAACGUGGCCCAGUGCUUAGGGGGGCACUGCCCAGGUCAGCCACGGGCUCUCCAGCACGGGGAGAGGGAGCCCGCGCCGGCAUUGCUAGGGUGGCCGUAGCCCCACUGUGCGAGGUGCUGUACCGACACGGGUGCCAGGCCUGGGUCCUGGUUCCCCUCUACCAGCAAGGCCUGUGCCCCAAAGGGCAGGGCAGGGCAGGGGCCGUGUACGUUACAGUGUGUCCCGCUAAGGCAAGUGAAAUCCCGCCCAUGGCCAACGGGCAUUUCCUGCAGUGGAUAAGGGCAGCUUCGACCCUAGAGGGGAGGGGGCCUCAGCCCCCCCCCUUGUGUCCUGGCUGGCAUUCAAUGCCCACUGCCCCUGUGCUUCCCCAGCGCUGCCUGCAGGUGCGGGCCCUGCCCAGGGAGGGGUGCCGGGGCCAGAGCCUUCAGCUGUGGGCAUGGGCUCGCUGGCCCUGGCUUGGGCUGUGACAGCGUGAGGGCCAGGUGUGGGGGGGGGAUGUUAAUUCACUGGCUGUUGUAGCUCAAGCAGGCGCCGUUAACCAGCUCCUGCACUUGCCUGGUCACAGAAAAGGGGGGGCAGAGCUGGUGGCCGAUUGGGCGGGGGUGGGGGGGGUGAGUUGAGCAGCGGGAAAAAGCAGACGCUGACCAACUACCCCCUCCCCCUCCCUCCUGCAUUAGCACUGGGCUCCGUCUCCCUGCCUUGGAACGAGAAGGGCGUGCUGGGCUCUGCCCUGGAGAGCCCUGUACGCCCACAUCACCUGCCCUAUUUAUUGCUAUGCUGUAUAUACUUAUUUAUUACGGUGGGUGACCCAGGGGGCGGCCUGCAGCCCAUGGCCAGCGCUGUCCCAACCGCAGCAAAUGCCGGCAGCUCCCUGCUGCUCUGGGGCACCAGGAGCCUGGCUCCAGGACAGCCCAGAGCAGAGUCCUGGCAUGAGCCGGGGGCAGCUGAACCCUCUGGCUGCUGGCACAAUAAAGGGGCAUGCAUUGGGACAGGACAUGCGCGUAGGGGCUGCGAACUGGGGCAGCUUCCCUGAGCUCUUGGAACCCAACCCCCUCCCCUCCCCCCCAGUAAGUGGUUGGCUUUGUUGAUCUCUGGAGGAGGGCGGCUGCACCAUCGGCCCCUGCUUGUGGGCCAGCCAUUGAGCUUUCCUGACCCCAUGGGCAGGGCCCCUCUGUCCAGACACCGGAUGGGCUGUGAAGCCCUCUCCAGGGGAGAUGGCGCCGCGAGCAUGGCUGCAGGCCCAACAGCCAGCACGUGCCAUGGAACCAAGCAGGGCUUUUCCAUCGCUGCUGUCGGAGCAGUCUGCCGGCCCAAGGAGCCAUGGGACCGUGGUGCUGGGAGCCCAGAUCUGGCCUGAUCAUGUCAUUGACGAAAUGAGCCUAUGGCAUAAGCUGGCAUCUGUCAUCCCCACAGCGGGGACAGUCACCACCUCUGCUCAGCACAAACCACAGUCCCAGCGAGCCUGAACCUGCCUUGGGCACGCAUACAGGAGCCUCCAGCACCCAAGCUGGUUUCCCUGGGAAUGGGAGAAGGCCCCUUCCCAGGCCACGGAGCCGCAUGCAGGGGAACAGGCACCAUGUCUGUCCUCAGUACCAGCACUGGGAGGGGUGGCAGAGGGGUUCCCCAGGGCCUCCUCCUGGCUUGCUCGCCAGUCUAGUGUCUACUCUGGGGAAAGCCUGGUCUGUGGUGACCACAGCAUGUGAACGCUUUGCGAAGAGAACAAGGAGCGGGGGGGAAGCCUGGCUUGGCUAGCCAUGCGGCCAGGCCUUGUGAGGCCAUUGGUCAGUAGCUGGGGGGGAGCCCUACAGGUGAGGAUCCCAGCGGGUUUAUUUCACUCUACAUGUUUGACAGCAGGACGUGCUGCUCAAGCGCCUGUUUGUGUGUGAUGUAAUGCUGUGCCUGUAGAGACCCACUGAGGCGGAGUGCUGCUGAGAACUAACCUCCCGCCCGCCUCAGCCGUGGGGCAGGCGAGCUGAGGGCCCAGACAAGGCCGUGGCUCUGGUGGGACCUGCAGUCUGGGAGCAAGCUGGUCGCUGAAAGUCCAACCACCGCUGCAAGCAGCUUGGGGGGGGGGGGGGGCUGCUCCUGAGCCCCUGGGCCGUGUGCUCGCUUGCUGAUGCCCUGGCUGUGUCUGUCCUGCCUUGGGUGGCCUUAGCCCUGCUGUACGCUUUGUACUGUACAGUGGAAGCUUUUUUGUACCAGAUUGUGUUUUAUAACCUGUACAAAGACACAUUAAACCAAACUAACUGAAA